AUGAUGGGAGUUGGCACAUAUGGAUACACUGCACCAGCCACCAGUAAGAGUGGUGGUGGUGCUGCAGGCUAUGAUGUUCCUGAAGGGGUCGAAAUCCGGGGACGGUUCGAUGAAGAAUUUGCCAAGAUUCUGACCAAGGAGGCUUUGGAAUUUGUGGUGGAGUUGCAGAGGGAGUUUAGGAACCGGAUUAAGUAUGCAUUGGAGUGUAGGAAGGAAGCUAAGAGGAGGUACAAUGAGGGGGCUGUGCCAGGGUUUGAUCCAGCUACCAAGUUCAUUAGGGAAACAAAUUGGGUUUGUGCACCUGUCCCACCAGCUGUGGCUGAUCGGAGGGUGGAGAUUACAGGACCUGUGGAGAGGAAGAUGAUCAUCAACGCUCUCAAUUCUGGAGCCAAAGUUUUCAUGGCUGACUUUGAAGAUGCACUGUCACCAACUUGGGAGAACCUAAUGAGAGGCCAAGUGAAUCUGAAGGAUGCUGUUGAUGGGAGCAUAACCUUUCAUGACAAGGCCAGAAACAGAGUUUACAAGCUGAAUGACAAAAACACAGCCAAGCUUUUUGUGCGUCCAAGAGGAUGGCACUUGCCUGAGGCUCAUAUUUUAAUUGAUGGAGAGCCUGCAACUGGUUGCCUUGUGGACUUUGGCCUUUAUUUCUUCCACAACUAUGCAGCCUUCCGCCAAACCCAAGGUGCAGGGUUUGGCCCUUUCUUCUAUCUCCCUAAAAUGGAGAAUUCAAGGGAAGCUAAAAUAUGGAACUGUGUGUUUGAGAGGGCAGAGAAGAAGGCAGGGAUAGAGAGAGGAAGCAUCAGGGCAACUGUUCUGAUUGAAACACUUCCAGCUGUGUUUCAAAUGGAUGAAAUUCUGCAUGAGCUAAGGGAUCACUCUGUUGGGCUGAACUGUGGAAGAUGGGAUUACAUUUUCAGCUAUGUCAAAACCUUCCAGGGUCACCCUGACCGACUGUUACCGGACCGGUUUCUGGUGGGCAUGACUCAGAAUUUCAUGAGGAAUUACUCUGAUCUCCUCAUCAGGACAUGCCAUAGGCGGGGUGUGCACGCCAUGGGUGGGAUGGCAGCUCAAAUUCCAAUCAGAGAUGACCCUGCUGCAAAUGAAGCAGCACUGGAUUUAGUGAGGAAGGACAAGUUAAGAGAGGUGAAAGCAGGACAUGAUGGGACUUGGGCAGCUCAUCCAGGGCUAAUCCCAGCCUGCAUGGAAGUCUUCACCAACAACAUGGGCAGCAACACCCCUAACCAAAUCCAAUCCAUGAGGAGAGAAGAUGCAUCAAGCAUUACCGAAGAAGACCUCUUGGAGAGGCCCCGAGGCGUUCGAACGCUGGAAGGCCUCCGCCUGAACACCCGAGUCGGGAUCCAGUACUUGGCAGCAUGGCUGACUGGGACAGGCUCCGUGCCUCUCUACAACCUCAUGGAAGAUGCUGCAACAGCUGAGAUAAGCAGGGUGCAGAACUGGCAGUGGAUCAAGUAUGGAGUGGAGCUGGAUGGAGAUGGGCUUGGAGUGAGAGUUGGGAACGAGCUGUUUGGGAGAGUGGUGGAGGAAGAAAUGCAGAGGAUUGAGAGAGAGGUUGGGAAAGAAAAGUUCAAGAAGGGAAUGUAUAAGGAAGCUUGCAAGCUCUUCACCAGGCAAUGCACUGCUCAAACACUUGAUGAUUUUCUCACCCUAGAUGCUUAUAAUCACAUUGUCAUGCAUCAUCCAAGGGGAUCAUCCAGGCUCUAA